AUGGCAUCAAAUCUAGACCCCCAGGGCCCGCACUGGAAGCCCGCUGUGCUCACCAAACGCAACACCCAAAUCAACGCGAUCCCAACAUCCUGGCGCCUCCCAGAUUCAGUAUUGGAAAACCUACCCACUUCGAGCAUACAUGUCAUUCGAUCCAGCGGCAUUUUAACCGCCGACGAACUAUCCUGGACUGAAACAACUGAUAUCCGCGACCUAAUCUCGCUCAUUACCUCGCGCCGCGUAAGCAGCGAGCAGCUCACGACGGCAUUUUGCAAACGUGCCGCGAUUGCGCAGCAGGUGACUAAAUGUCUUACGGAGAUAUUUUUCGAAAGGGCGCUUGCGAAUGCGAGGGCGUUGGAUGAGUAUCUGGAAAUAACUGGGAAGGUUAUUGGACCUUUGCAUGGGAUUCCGGUUUCUGUUAAGGAUCGGUUUGAUCUUAAGGGGGUUGAUACGACAGUCGGCUGGGUCGGUCUUAUCAAUAAGCCGGCUAAAACUUCUAGCUCCAUUGUUCAACUUCUUGAGUCGAUGGGUGCGGUGAUGUAUGUCAAGACUAAUAUUCCGCAAUCACUUAUGAUGUCCGACUCGUAUAAUCAUGUCUUCGGUCAAUCGGUCAACUCAUUCAAUCACGCCCUCAUCUCUGGCGGGAGUUCUGGCGGCGAAGGUGCUCUUAUCGGAUCUUGCGGCAGCAUCCUAGGAAUUGGCACAGAUAUCGGUGGCUCCAUUCGAGUACCUUCAGACCUUCAGGGUUUGUAUUCUAUCUGUCCGACAACAGGGCGUGUGCCGUGGGACUGUUCCAUCCUCCAUCAACAUUAUCUUGUUCCACCAGUAGCAGGACCAAUGUCUACAUCCUUAUCAACAUCGGAAUAUUUCAUGGAAAGACUCCUCGCCUCCUCCCCCUGGAAUCUCGACCCGGCCGCGAUUCCAAUUCCCUGGCGCAAAGAGCUGGCCACGCCCCCAACUGACCGCAAACUGAAGCUUGGCGUUGUAUUCGACGACGGCGUCGUCAAACCGCAGCCUCCGGUUGCACGCGCUAUGCGGGAAACCGUGCAAGCAUUAAGAGACGCCGGGCACGAAGUCAUUGAAUGGGACACAACCCUCCACACACCAGCAACCAAUCUCUGGACAAAAGCGAUCCUCGGCGACGGCGGCGCCCACUGUCGAAAGUUGUGCGCUAUAAUCGACGAGCCGUUGAUUGAAGGUAUGGUUGUGGGUACGGAAGAAGAUAUGUUGUCAUUCGUGGAACGGGAAAAAGUAGAAGAGGAGAAAUAUGACCUUCAGACGCAAAUGCUUGCUCAGUGGGUCGAUGCGGGUAUCGAUGCCCUCCUUAUGCCGGUUUUGCCCUGGGUUGGAUAUAAACCUAAGACUUGGGUGAAGAGUAGUCAGUGGUUGGGAUAUACAGCUAUGUGGAACUUGCUUGAUUAUGCUGCUGUGACUGUUCCUAUUGGUAGGGCAGAUAAACAGAUUGAUGGUGGUGAUGCGGAGUGGAAGGGUCAUGUUGGAAGGAAUGAGUCUGAUGAGUUUAAUCAUUCGCAGUAUGACAUCGAUCUGGUAGAUGGAAUGCCUAUUUGUGUGCAGAUUAUUGGAGGGCGGUUUGGAGAGGAGAAAGCAGUUGCUGUCGGAAAGAUUGUUGAUGAAUUAAUGAACAAGACUCCGUUUCAUCCUGUCGCCUAA